AUUUUGACAAGUGACAGUGACAUAUAUAAAAUGUAAUUUAUCGAUAUGGCGGGUUUUCGAGAGAUAGAUAAAGCAAUAUUUCCGAUAAAAAAUGUCCCGUCCGUCGUACGCUUAUUUAAAAGCCAAUUAGAAGGACCAGGCGAGCCUGAUCUUGCAUUACUAUCUAUUGUUGUUGGAACAAUUGAAAACUCGCUGACAUGCCGGUCAAACAUAAGUUUCCAAAUAAGCGAACCCGUAGAACCAAGCAGUUUGCCUAUUUUGGAGUUGCACGUUGUUGAUGAAAUGUACAGCAGGUUUAAGGCAAUAAUAAAAGGAGCAAUUGAUUUGAAAAAUUACUCUAAACCAUUCGCCACUCGUGACUUGGUUAAAAAAGUAUCUGAUGUAAUCUGGAACUCCUUAACGCGAAGCUACUACAAAGAUAGAGCUCAUCUCCAAAGUUUAUAUAGCUAUUUAAAUGGAAGCAAGCUGGACUGUUUUGGAGUAGCAUUCGCAGUUGUGGCUGGAUGUCAAGUUCUUGGAUUCUCAGAUGUUCACUUAGCAUUGUCAGAAGACCAUGCAUGGGUUGUGUUUGGAGAACAUGCUAAUCAAACUGCAGAAGUUACUUGGCAUGGCAAAGGAAAUGAAGAUAAAAGGGGACAAGAAAUAGGUAGAGGAGUAUCUGCAAGAUCUUGGCUCUAUGUAAAUAAUAGGCCUGUAGUAUGCACCAGACAUAUGGAGGUUGCAGCAUUGGUUUCUGCCAUUAAUCCUUCUUUGAAUGCAACUCAUGAUGCCUUCGAAGUAGGCCUACUCCAACAAGAAUUACUCUGGCUUCUUUACGACUUAGGUCAUUUGAAAAAAUACCCUAUGGCCUUAGGAAACCUGGGUGAUCUUGAAGAAAUUGCCCCCAAGGAUGGGAGAGUUCCAUGUAAAACUCUAUUCAAAGAGGCCAUACAAUCAGCUAGAUCAUAUUAUAACAAUCAGCAUGUUUAUCCAUAUACUUAUCAGGGAGGUUACUUUUACCGACAUAAAAUGUACAAAGAAGCUUUUGAAAGCUGGGCUAAUGCUAGUGAUGUAAUAAGACUAUAUAACUAUUCAAGAGAUGAUGAAGAAAUAUACAAAGAAUUUUUAGAAAUAGCUAAUGAACUCAUACCUCAUAUUAUGAAAGUAGAAAGCUCAGGUUUUAGUUCAAACUCGAUUCUCAAAAAACCUGAAUGUUUUGCGAAUCUCCUUAGAUUUUAUGAUGGCAUAUGUCAGUGGGAAGAAGGAAGUGCCACACCAGUAUUGCAUAUAGGGUGGGCCAAGCCCCUAGUAAAUACAAUCUCAAAGUUUGAUUCUGAUGUCAGAGCCAAAGUUAAUAUUAUUUGUGCAGAGAGUGAUGAUGAAAAGGUUAGCAAAGAAACGAAUGGAAGUCUAUUAAACAACAAUAAUAACAACUAUGAGAGAGAAAAUGGAACUUCUACUAAAAAAGAAGAGAAAGACCAAUCCACAUCAAAUUUUCAUCCCAGUAUUGAAGCUUUAACAGCUGCUUGCUCAGAAAAACUUCUGAACCCAGAAUAUCUCUUGCAAGGAGAUGGUUCCCCAUUUGUAGGAGGAGAAGAACAAUCUGCUAAGCAGGAGUCAAAUGGUAAUCCUAGUACUUCAAAAAAAGAGAAUGAAGUAUUUAACAAACAGGAUGAAAGUAAAGACAUUUCAGAAGAGAAGGAUGAGGAGCCUGUACAAGAAAUGGAAGUCACUCAUCCGACAAUCAUACUCAGGAGUCAUAAAAUGAAAGAACUGAAGGACCUCUUACUCAGUGAAAAAUUAAACACUCAGGCAAUUUCACUGCACCUCACUGCUCAGUCGCAAGUACAAGUUAACAAAAAGGGUAGAAACGACUUGGAUAACGUUAGGCCAAAAAGAGCAAGACGGGAAUAAAUGACCAAAUUUGAUUCUUUAAUAAAUGUUUGUAAAAUAGACAACACUCUGAUGACAGGGAAAAGGUUACAUUUGGGCCAAUUUUUCUACAUUGUGAUAUUUUGAUUUCAAAUUGAAAUUUUAAUCAAAAUUCGAUGUGCGUAUUGUGAAGAUGAUAUUUUUGGAAUGUUUGCUUUUGCUAGAAGCUAAUUUUGAGAAGUUUAGCGAGUGAUAAAGAAUGAUUUUAUAAGGUGGCGGUGCUAUGACUUGAAAUUUAUACAAGUGUUAAUAAGGGUUUUGAGCUUCCUCUUUUUGGUACCCUCUCAAUUUGUAGUAGAAUCUGCAGAAGAACACUGGCGUGAUGUCAAGAUGUUCAAGAAAAACCGAUUUUACCAAAGGGUAAGUUUUCUUUACUAUUGAAAUUCAAAAUAAAUCUAUUAAUUUUUAAA